UCCCGACAAUAUGUCGCCGCCCUGGCAUCUGUCGAGCCCGGGAGCCCGAGAUUUGACGUGAGCAUAACAGCGCAGCCAGGGGCCACUGCUCCGCCAUGUCGCCUGGCGGUAUUGGCCUGGCGCUUUUCUCGGCGAUGGUCCCAUCCGUCUGGGCCAACACCACCGAGCCAGACUACAACCUGAGCACUGUGGCCACCAGCGGUGGCAGCAGCGAAAACAUCGAAACGUACAGUGUUGAAGAGGAAAGCUCCUCCCCUUUUAUGACCGACAUCGGUACCGGUAUCCUCGCAAGGCUCGCGAAUCCUCCAUACGACUCUUCAUUGCUUGAAGAAGCCGUCGCUACUCCUACGUACGACGCCGUUAAGGAGAACAUCUCCUACAAUGACCAAAGCGUCGGUAGCUUCCUCACCUUCCUCUGGGCUGCCAUGGUGUUCUUCUGCAUCAUCACUAUUGUGAACACGUUGCAGCGCUGCGCGGUUUGCUGCACGGGCGAGUACAAGCACCGAGUGACGCCCAGCUACAUGGCCGUCUUUGUGUUUCUUUUCGUCGUGCUCUUAAUUCUGUUCCUGCUUAUGACGGUGUUGCUAGUGUCACUCGUGAGUACACGCGACAGCAUGGUCGACAGCGUAAAGGAGAAAGUGCCCGCCGUAUUGGCGUCCACCUUCCAAGGUCUUCGCGGAUUCGUCAACUUGACCGUGGCUCAGAUCGCACAAAACAGGAGGACCGCGCGCAUGCCUAAAGUGGGGAACGUCUUAGGAGACGGGUUCGACACUGCCUUCAAGUCCUUCGUCGCAAGUAGCGCAAUGGCCGAUGUCAGGAUUCCGUUGCAUCAUGUGAGUCAGGAAUGCACAAGUAACUUGCAAUACCUCGGUCGCAUGGCAAACACAGGUGGAUAUAGCCGGCUGGAAGCCAAGCUCAGAGUAAGGAGAGAUCAGUGCGCUCAUCUCCGUCACUAUCAGGAACAGCUUUUUGAGGACGUCUCUCAUGCGGUGGCCACUGUUACACGUAAGGAUCGCCAGAAAGUUUUUGAAGUCCUUAGUGACUACGCUUCUAUGAUGGAUGAGAGCGAUUGCAACGUGGUGCCAUCGCAUAACAGCAUCAACCAACUCGAAAAAGAAGUUAAUGCAUUUGAAGACAGCAAAGGUGCGUUCAAAUCCCUAGCAGAUUACGUUGAAUCUGAUCUUUUCUGGAUUAUCAUCUUGCAUGUUUUGAGCUUAUGUCUUCUCGUCGUAGGACUUCUGAUGGGUAUCUGCACACACGACAGAAACAUUGAACCACAUGAGAGGAGUGGCUUAUCCCACCUUAUCGGCUGCGAGCUCACCUUAACAGCCUACGCUUUUACCCUCUUCGUUAUAGUAGGCAUAAUCAAGUCGAUGUUCAUGACUAUAGAAAGCACUUUGGGGUAUACCUACUUCUGCGAGCCCUACCUCACUAAAAACUAUGUCAUCUUGGAUGAUGCCUUGGAAAGGUUGUGGCCAGCUAGCAACCGUAGUCAUUUGUUGUCCAGAAUCAUGCCUUCUGAAGUCAUGGAAAACUGCCAAAAUGAAUCAAUUUCCGUUCUCGAUUUGGGUCCGAAACCAAGCCAUGGAAGAACUUCUCACCGACGAGGUGUGUUUCUCCCGCGGUUAAACUUGAAGGUAGUAUUACAAGAAUUGUCUUCAAAGCCUGAGCAUGAGAGAGCUAAAGAUUCAUUUUCGCACACUGCAGACGUAUUCAUCAACGCUAUACCGUCUUUUCAGAACGCUUUGUCAGCUGAAGCAAAAUUCCUCAACGGGAAUCGAGCGAACACCACGAUUUUCCUGAACAAGUGGUCUGAUCUUCGGAAUAAAAACAGUGACCCAAAGAUAAACAAGACUGUUAUCAAGAAAGUCCUGCUCCCUAUGAUUCCUUCGUACUACAACCGUUUUGUAACUGACCUUGUGAACAUUGCUAUGCAACCGACGGGAAACACAGUCGCCGGGCGCUGCUCUCUCCUACGUGCUCUCCUUAAGUCUUUCAUGGACGUCGUCUGCUACACCUACGUCCUCGAAUUUGUUGGCUACUGGGCAUCACUACUUCUGGCAGUCUUCCUCGCCAUGCUGGUCAUUCCGUUCUGCUUUAUGUUGGCCAAGUAUUUUUUCUGCACUCAGCGACUCAUCCAUGUACUCCGAAGACCGAGAAAGUCUAGAAAGGGAAUGGCUGCGCACUCUCUGUCUGAAUCACUAGAACGUGAGCAGACCCCCGAGCAAUACGGUCAGGUGCACCCGCUCGCCAGGCUUCUGCAGAUGUUCGCAGGCAGUGAGCUGCCACCUGGCACAUCGCGCAGGAUCGUUGCCAUGUCAACAAAGAACACGUCGGUCUUGCCCACUUUGGGGCCACCUAUCCAUCAGAUGGCCUCCUUCUCAUCCCGCGUGACACAAACACCAAAGCGCCUCCAUGCUGUACACUCUUCUACAAGCAUCAUCGCCACUGGAGGUGGUGUGCCCGUGGUAGCCGGAAUUCCUGUCGCGAGCGUAGGCGCGGUUGUGGCUGCGCAGCCGGCGGCGCCCUCAAUCAUUCACAGUCACUCAGUCGCGGCACCUGUAGGCCACGUGGCUUCCUCCUCGGUGCACCGGACAAACUCGCUUACGCUUGUCCAGCCACACUACCACAGUCGUCUUUGCACGAACGUGGCGUCGUCGUCUCAUCAGUCUCUGGUACCACCGGUCCAGGCACCGCUGAUGUACGGGGCUCCAGUUCCUAUGGCCUUGCCUCAGUCGCAACCUUCCUUUGUGGUGAAACCGAUGCCUGCGGUCUGCGUUCCGGUACAAGCGAGCGUUCCCGUCCAAGCGGGCAUACCUGUUCAGGCAAGCCUGCCCUCCACCAGGCUGUUGACGCGCACUACAGCCGCAUCAAGCGGUAGUCAGCUGAACUUGGUUGCGCCGCCAGCUGCCAGCAUGAUGGCAGUUGCCCAGCCGUCGACCGUGGUCUACCGCCAGGCCUACCCGGCUACUUAUGCUUUGCCGUCACGGGUCUCGGUGGCGCCAUCGCUGGCGGUGGCACCCGUGUACGCGCCACGCCGCCGAACCGUGUCUGUGCACAGCGUUUCCUCGUCCAGUAGCAGCGGUAGCCUCCGGGCAGUGCGGGUACCCAGAAGGACCGUCGCGUUCGCCAGACCCCAGAGGACUCUGUCCGCGCACUCGAUGACGACCCACAUGCACCGUCGCCUGUAGCGUAUACGUUGGACGUCUGCAGUGGUGUUCGCCGGACGCAGCCGCUGUCGUGCGGCCGGUGGCCUUACGCCGCUGUGCCCCAUCAAACGAGCGGUAAUCGAAGGAGCCAUUCCUGGAAAGGACCUUGCGCCAUAAGAAGUGGUGCCGCCACGUGUUGCCUGCGCUGUGACGCAGUCGCGGUGGCCAGCAUUGUUGCCACUGUCGCUUUUCAGACAGUUGUCCCUCUUCUAGGUCAGAGUUAAGGUCACCGCGCGGCAAUAAAAUUGCCAGAAGCCACGCUCGCGCUGGCCGUAUUGGUAUAACCGCGUUUUCA